AUGCAACGGGAGGAGGACUAUCGCCUACGCGAAAUACCAUUCGCUUUGAAGGAGGAAGCCAACACAUUGCUGUUAAGGUUGCCACAGGAUUCUAUCCGUAACUGGGGAGAUUUCACAUUGGUCUUCUUAGACUACUUUUUCCCUUCGAACAAAAUCAAUGCCCUCAAGAAGGAUAUUCUGGAGUGUAAGCAGGAUUAUGAUGAGUCCUUGAGUCACUAUUGGUCACGUUUUAAAGGGUUGCUCGAUGCUUGUCCAAAUCACAGGAUGAUAGAGGCUGAAACCUUUUAUCUGUUCUACGAGGGAGCAAACCCUGAGUCAAAGGAUCUGAUGAAUUCCUCGAGUGGGAGAAAUUUUACAAAGAAGAAAGUAAGUGAAGCUAGAGAAACUUUGGGAAGGGAUGAGAGAGUGGAGGUAAGGAUUGACAGGUUGGAAAAAGCACUUCUGAAUGCGAUCGAGAAAAGCAACCCCCCUGCCUCACAAGAAAAAGAGAAAACUCCAGGCCAAGAAGAAACUCCACCCCAACAGUACUAUGGCCCUCGAGAGGGAGAAUACCAGGCCCAGGGGAACCAGGGGCCAGGAAAUCAGUACAACAACAAUUCAGGAGGUCAAGGAAAUUUCCGCUCAAAUCAGGGAAAUGGACCUAAUCACAGUCAAGGAUCAGGUACCAGUCAACCGAAUUCCAGAUCACAGAGAAGCAUGCACGACAUGGUACACGACCUAGUCAGUACGCAGCAGCACAUGCAGAGCAAUUUGCAGCCCAACAAUGACGUGGUGCAUAAACCUCAGAUGGAACACAAGGCUGCGAUGGACAUGAUGGCAAAACAGUUAUCUCAGAUAGCAACCUCCCUAAGUGAGAUGCGAGGGAACGAAGGGAAAAUCCCUGCCACAGUCAAGCCACCGGACAGGGCAAACAUCAGUCAAAUCACUCUGAGGUCCGGACGUGGUUAUGAAGGUCCUACGCUGAAAGUGGAUGGAAACAUACCUCCCGCGAUGAGCAAGGAGAAGGAGAACCCAAGUUCCUAUAAAGGCUAUACUGAAACAGGGGAGACCAGAACAGAGGAUGACGUUCAGACUGGUGAUUUGGGAAGACCACUACCCCGGAUGGCUGACCCAUUCUUCCUAGACCCGGAGCCCAAGGUAGAGGUUGAAAAGGUGAUGAAGGAAACUGGAGAAUCCUCUAAGGGAGAUUCCCCUAGCAUGGUGAAGCAAGUAAAGCCAUUUCCCUACGGAGGGGAGGCCAAGAAGAAAAAGGAUGAACCAGUAGACUUCAUGGACAUUUUGGAAAGCUGGAGAUCAACUUUUCGUUCCUGCAGGCCUUGA